AUGUCCUCCUCAUUAUCCCGCUCACUCCGAGCCCUUAGGCUCACGCCCAGCCUCCGCCCCCUCACCCGAAACGCAUCCACCGACCCCUCAUCUUCUACCCCUUCCCCCUCUUCCAGCUCGACCCCCAAACCCCAACCCGUCGUUCUCCCUCACUACCCCGUCCCGCGGCGUCUCGACCCUAAUACCAACCCCUCCACAUCCACAUCGGCCGACCGGACGCAACAUGUCUUCAUAAACUACCCGCAUCGCGUCUUCAACGCUCCGAGGAGUGAAGAGAUGCCGGAGCGACUGGGCGGGAAUGAGGCGGCCGAGAGGGAGAAGCUGUUGAUGGCUGCUACGGGGUUGAGUGGGCCGGAGAUCAGGGGACUGAGGAGGUAUACUGUACGAGUUGGACGGGUGACGCAGAUGACGAAGAAGGGGAAAAUGCCGAGUUUCACGGCUCUGGUCGUGGUCGGAUCGCCGACGAGGGGAUUGGUCGGGAUCGGGUAUGGACGCGGAGCGACCAACCUCAAAGCGAUGGACCAGGGCUUCCACAAGGCCGUUCUCUCGAUGGACUACGUGACGCGCUACGAAAACCGCACGCUCUGGGGCGAAGGCCGCGACCUGACCAACAAAUGGGGCGCGACCAAGGUUCUCCUUCGGGCCCGCCCACCAGGGUUCGGGCUCAUGGUCCCCCCCGCGCUUCAUCGGGUGUUUACGGCGUGUGGGAUCCGGGAUGCCUCGGCGACGAUUGAGGGGAGUCGGAAUUCCGUCGAGGUGGUGAAAUGUGUGAUGCAGAUGUUGCACGGCGGGGCAAAUCCACCAGGGUUCGGAUCGGGAUUGAGCGGGAAGGGAAGGAGAGAAGAUAAGGGGCUGGGAAUCAGGAGUAAGGAGGAGAUUGAGCGAGAGAGGGGGAGGUAUGGUGUAGAUAUUGGUCGGCGGGUAUAG